AUGCUGAGUUCCCUUGGAACGUUUAUUGAUGAUGGUUGGCCGUUUGGAAUAUUUUGGUGUUAUUUUGUCUGUGCUGCGAACUACUGUUUGAUAAUAGUCUCCAUGAUGACGUUAUGUUUCAUUAGCAUUGAUCGUUACAUAGCGAUAGUUCAUUCGUUACGUUACCCGACCAAAAUAACCCAAAAACGAGUUCUGUGCAUGAUCUUUUCCGUAUGGUUCCAAGGAAUAAGUUUCUCCAUUGUUCCUGUGUUGUAUUACUGGAUUGAGUUUGACUACUGGGAGGUCAUCUGUGCCAUUAGUUGGUACAAAGAAAGGCAACGGGCUCUUUAUUAUGUUAUUUUUGCUUUUAUUUUGUGCUUCCUUCUACCUGGCCUUGUGUUGGCCUAUUGUUAUUACCACGUGUUAACCAUUGCCCAGAAACAGCACCGGAGACUUCAGAAACAGAGGAAUAACCUCAAUAAUUUAAAUUUAAAUAGCACGUCUUCUCCACCCAAAUACAACACAAGUUCCAAAGCUGUCAAAAGUUUACUCGUGGUGGUACUGGCUUAUUUUUUGUGCAUGACACCAUUCAGUUGCACGAAACUUUAUAAAGUUAGUGUUGACGAGCAGCAACCAUUACCAAAUUACAUGAACCUAGUAGCUAGUAUAUUGGCGUUCUGCUCCAGUGCUGUUAAUCCUUUCAUUUACGGAAUAUUUAGAAAAGAUUUUCGUCGAGCAUAUAAAAAGAUUUUGUGGCAGAUACUACGAAGGAAUUCCCUUGAAGCAAGUACUCCAAAUAAUUAA